GCGAUCGGGAGAGUCUGAGUGUGCAUCGCGAGGGUAAGCUGUUUACAUUUCCUUCUUUCUGAACUUUCCGCGUAUCCAGUCUCCGUCUUCUGCGUGUACUUUUGUCUGCCUGGAUUGCAAGGAACCUGUCCCAAAGUUUGGGCUGGCCAAUCAGGGGCCCACGAUCAGCCGGGCGCUAUGCCCAAAGGGGGCGGGACGAUGCAGCUCCGGUGGGCGGCUCAGCUCCAGGCGCCCAGAGUUCAGCCAAAGCCAAACCCACAGCGCUUGUUGUCCAUCAUCACGGGCUUGCUCCGUCCACGCCUCUGGGCUCUCUUCCUUGUCGCCGUCUCUCAUCUCUCCCCUGCCUCCCCCAUCUCUCUCUCGGCUGAUCUCCCCGUCUCCCAUCUCUUCGCCUCUUUUCUAUCGCCAGUCUCUGCGCGACUCGUGUUGUCUGUCUCUUCCCCCUCGCUCCGCCCCCGACACGUCGCCUCGCUUCCCCUUGCUGUCCUCUUGUCCCUGUGGUUCGCUUCGCUGCUUCCCCGGCCCUGUCCAUGCGAUAUGAACCCUCCCCAGUCGCAAGACCACUCCCGCCGGAGAUCCUGGGGUAGCAGUGGCAGUCCUGCCUACGCUGGCCAGCCAGAUCAGUCCUCCGCACCCCCGUCGGGUUCUCGUCGGAUGCCUCCCCCGUCUCCACCACAUUACCCGUCGCGCGGUCAAUCGGGAAAUCCCUCCUCUCUCUCUACUCCAUUUUUGUCGCGUGAGCCUCCCAGCACCGCGGCUCAUCACCGUCCAGGGAGCAGCAUGUCGAUAUCGUCCAUGCUAGGCUCGGACGCUGACCGACCACCGCGAGAUGUAGGCUCGUCCAUUUUCUCGCGUCUUCCUGUUUCCUCCGGUCCCUUCGGCAGCGCGCCGCCGCCGCCGCCCUCAGCACCAGGUGCCAUGUCUCCUCCCACCGCUCCAGCACGUCCGUCGCCGCUCGAGUACCCCGGAUACCGUCGAUCGCAGACCCCUGAGAAGUCCUUUCCGAGGAGUAGUCAACCUGGUAGACCGUAUCGAUCGAGUUCCGGAGGCGUCCCUACAACCGCGAGUGCCGAGCAGCAAAAAUACGGUGGGCUAAAUCGAUUAUCAUCUGCGUCGCAGUAUCCGGGUAAACCCAGCUCUGCGCACCCUUCACCACAGGUUUCACCGGCCGAACCGCCGUAUAGCAGUAACGAACCGCGUCGCCUGAGUUUCAGUGGACCACCUCGACCGAAUAGCCAACCCCAACACCUUGAACCUCCAUCGCGGCCUGGUGGCUAUAGUCCUUUGUCAAGGCCUGCACCUGCGCCUGGGGAGAGCUCGUUUGGGGCGUCGCACCAGCGACCGCCUUCAUACCUGAGCCAUGACUCUCAGCACAGCCGCUUUGGGGGUUUAUACGGUGACCGCCAAUCAGAGGACCAAGCCCGUCGGGAUAAAGAACGAGGUAUGUCUCAUCAGCCGGAAACUAAGGCGAGCGCUGCUCCGCCUCCAAGGUUUGGCUCACUCUACGGAGACCGUGACGCACCACCCGGUCGGCAGCAAUCUACAUCUUCUUGGGAAUUAGGUCGUUCGCAACCCACCUCGCCGGAAUCGAAGCGGUUAUCGGCGUCGGAGCCCGGAUCGUACAGUUUUGGCUUUGGAGCGAUUCAAAACUACACCAAAUCUCUAGGCUCGCAGCCAGGGGGCUCUCGCCAGAAUCCGGCCUCAGCCUCGACUUCGCAGGGCCACAGAACCUCCUCCCCGCGAGAGCAGCCAUCGUACCUGAACAAGCGACAAAGCGAGUCUCGGCCCUACGGCGGAACCUCGUCCGGACAGCCCUCUUCCUUCGCACACAACUCACCAGAUGAUCAGUCUCGUAAGGGUAGCGAUGAGUUGAUGCAUCAUCGUAACCUGCUUGGGGUUGGCCUAGACACGAAACGUGGUCGCGCUUCCCCACUGCCUCAAGCCGUGCAAGGUGCACAAGCUCAAAUUCCUGGGCCCGCUGGUGAGUUGGGGAUCAAGAGUGAACUAGGUCGUGUCUUCGCAGGUAUCGGGAGUGGUGUGGGGGGUGUCACUGCAAGCACAGGCAGUGGACCUUCGACACCAAUGACUGCCAGCCCGUUCAAGCGUGACAGUUUCACUGCUCGAUCCGCCAACGCCGAGACUACAUCGGAUGAAAAUAAAAUCACUCGACCUACUUCUGCAAAUGGAAAACGCCUGAGAAGAUCGGAGGAAGAGAAUCGCCUAGAAGGUGAGAAUGGUGUAGGGCCUAUGCGUGGUGGUCGACGGAGUCGUGGCUCUCAUCACCACCACCACCAUCACCAUCACCACCAUCACCACAAGCCCGAGGAAGAACAUUCUCCUUAUGGUGGCUCGCACAGACCAUUAGGCAUGAACAUGUUCCAUCGGCCAAGUGAUGGGCUUAGCUCGGAGCCUGGUCAUCCUCAUCACCAUCACCACCAUCAUCAUCAUCACCAUACGCCCCGGACUUCGACUGCCCUAACGCCGAUGCGCGAACCUCGAACUGUUGUUACGAUCGAACCUGUUCUUUCAAAGGUCGCUCAUCUUCCUCGCCAGCACCUCGGUUCAACGCUGUAUGCUCCACGUAUUGGAGCGCCAACCUCAAAAGCUACUUUGGAGAGUGCUAAGUUUGGAUAUACAACAACUCCUCUGCCUCUUCCUCGCUUUGAUGGAAAGGAAAACUGCACAUUCACUAUCCGUGUUCCCCGAUUCCGAGUCGAUAACAGCCACCGCGAAGAGAUUUGUGCCCGCCGCGCUCUCUGGGGUACUGGUAUUUACACUGAUGACUCGGACCCCGUUGCGGCUGCCAUCCACUCUGGCUUCCUUCGUGGCGCGUGGGGCGAAGACGUGGAUUCCGAGAUGCUCGACCUAGAGAUCAAAGAAACCUUCCAGCAUGCUCCCAAAACAGCUGAAGACAUGGGCAUCCAUGAAGGAGAACGCCCCCAAACCCCUCCAGCGCCACCGUCCGACAAGGACCUCCACAUCACAUUACUCAUCCUACCUAAACUAGAACGGUACGACUCCAGCGUACUGUUUGGACUGAAGUCGCGAGCCUGGGAGCAGAACCAUGACGGCAUGAGCUUCAAAGUCCAGCGUAUUGAGUGGGUGGAUGAGGGUGUUGGUCGUGCGGAGGAGCGCAGCGGAGAAGCUAGGCGGAAACGACUGCGCAAUCUCAUGCAAACCGGUCGGAUCUGUACAGGGCCGAGUGCUGUUAAGCUCGACCAGCUCCGCAGCGGGAUUAUCCAGCCUCCGCAGCAGAAGUCAAAGGCGAUUAAGAGCCAAGAUCAGCCUUCUUCUGCGAUGCAGACCGUGUCGUAAGGAUGAGGUAUUGCUUAUUUUCUAAUUUUCUAGUCUAAUAAUUCUUUUCUGGUUUUGCCUUGAAUUGGGGGGCGGGUUACUUAGUUAUGGACUGUUUGUGUAAGUUACUAGCGAGGCGUGGCGUAAGCCGGUCAUCGGGUUUUUUUGUUCUUCUUUUUUUCUCCUCUUUUUUCCUCUUUUUUUUCAUGUUUGGUAAAGGGUGGCUUGUCAUUUACAACAGUUCACAGUAUGUACCUUGGCUUUGUCCAUCGUUCUGAUAUCACAGUUUUUCUUUGGUUGACGCCUCUGCAACGUGCUCGAUGAUUCGUCCACCACGUGUGAACGAUGCAUCCUUGCAGAUCGGAUCAACGGGACGGGUGAAGGGAAAGUCUAAGCUUAUUCUGACAAUAUAAAUAAUAGCAC